AUGGACCUAAAUCGCUUUAAUGUUGCGCAAUUAAAAGAAGCCUUAGUGAAGCUUCAGUUGAAGACAAGUGGCACUAAAGCGGAGUUAAUUAGUCGUCUCCAGGAAGUGGACGCAGAUUUAGUGAUGCCGAUUUUUGAUUCGUUUUCGCAAGUGGGUGCAUGUGUUGCACAGGCGGAUGAUGCGGAUCGGCAGAAAAGUGGGGAGCCGUCGAGGGACGACGUACGAGUCAUGAUGCAAUUGGAGGUGCAGUGCGGUGCUUUGUGCGUCGAGCAUUUUUUGCCACAAGCAGCAAUGGUUAGCAGGUCGCCGUCGGCAAUGCUAACGCCUUGCACAAGUGCGCUGCCUAUGUUGCAGCAGCCGUUUCCGAUUUCACAACAGCAGUCGUUUUUGCCGAAUACAAGCCAGCAAACAACGGCGCCGCAACAAGUAUUUUCAACGUGCCAAAGCAUGCCGAGUGCACAGGCAUGGAGAACAACGCAAGCAGCAGACGCUUGGUUGACGCCACCAUAUUCGCGAUUUGGCGAGAGGUACGCAGGGAGAGAUAGAUUCACUCGCACACCAAGUGAAAUAGCAGCGAUUCUGCCAGAGUUCAACCCUCUUGACAGUACGUAUUCAUCAACGCAGUUUAUUGAGAGAGUCGAGCAACUGAGAACAAUGUAUCAAUGGGAAGAUACGUUUGUUGUUUUUGCUGUUCUCAGUCGGCUGAGAGGAGUUGCAAAGCGAUGGGCUCAUGCGCAGCCAGCAUUCCGGGAAUGGAACGAUUUUGUGGUUGCGUUUCUCACUGACUUUCCGUGCGUUAGAAAUUCUGCAGAUGCGCAUAUUCAAAUGAUGAGUAUGAAGAUGAACAAAAGUGAGAAGUUAAUUGAGUUUUACUACAAGAUGUUGGCAAUAGGCCGCAGGGACAAUAUCGAAGACACUUCGAUAAUAAGAUACAUUUUGAAUGGUAUAAGUGACGAUAGUCUGCGUAAGACAUUAAGUGCUAUGAAAUUUACAAAGUGCGCGGAUUUGCUGCAAUCGUUGUCAAACAUACCGACAAAUAGUGAGAAUAGAAAUAGAGUGAAUGAAACGAACUACAAGAAUGUUCAACAGCAAUCAUCACACGUAUCGGUUGAUGCGAAUAAGAAUUUUAAAAGCUCAGUUGGUCCAAUUUGUUAUAAUUGUAGAGAAAAGGGGCACAUAGCAAGAAAUUGUGACAAAGCGAAGAGGAAAUUUGAAGCAAAACAAAACGAUCGCAUCAACCAGAUAAUGAGUGAUGAAUGUGAAGAAAGCGUAGAAAACGAGGAAAUAAUAGAAAACGAAACGUCGGUGAAUAAUAUAUACGCCGAGAAUGUAUGUAAAGAGUUGUGUAAACAAAUUAGAAUCGCAGGUAGAAAUGAAGUUGAGUGCAAGGCACUUAUUGACUCAGGUAGCAGCAAAUCCCUGGUGAAGCAAUCAAUUGCAACAAGGUGUGGUUUGUGUGUCAGUGCGUGCAGUGAGAAAUUAAUCGGUUUUGCGGGUGGUGAACUAGUAUGCCACGGUAAAGUGUUAGCUAACAUUAAGAUGGAUAAUGUUACUCGUUUGGUCGAGUUGUUGAUUGUUGCCGAUUCUGCGAUGCCACACGACGCACUUGUUGGGAUUGAUGUGCUUUCGAAGGGGAAGAGACCAAUUUCAAAAAAGCCAUACAGCGUACCUAUUCCGAAGCAACAAGUUGUGGAGGGAAUAGUUGGUGAGUUGUUGCACCUAGGCGUAAUUCGUAGGUCGAGCUCAUGUUAUGCAUCUCCUGUCGUUCUGGUGCGUAAGCAAAAUGGAGAGGAUAGGCUAUGCGUGGAUUAUCGCGAACUUAAUGCGAUAACGGAGAAGCAGCCGUGGUUAAUGCCCACAGUGGAUGGCGUUCUGGCAACAUUGUCAGGUAAGAGGUUUUUCACGACGCUGGACCUUAUGUCUGGGUACUACCAAAUUGAAUUACAAGAAGACGCAAAGCCUCUUACCGCAUUCGUAACGCAUAACGGGCAUUACGAGUUUAAUAGAAUGCCAUUCGGGUUGAGGAAUGCGCCGUGCGUCUUUCAAAGAAUGAUGUCACAAUUAGUUGCACCUUUGAGCAAAGUAGUGGUUACUUAUGUAGACGAGGUGAUAAUAGCAACCGAUUCAGAGGAGGAAAAUUUAUUUUAUUUAGAAGAAUUUUUAAAAUUAAUUCAAGAAGAGGGCUUGACGUUGAGGGUAUCGAAAUGUUCGUUUUUGAGGCGCGAGGUAACAUUUUUAGGUCACCAGGUAGAUGUUAAUGGAGUAAGACCUGGAAUUUUUAAGACGUCAGCUAUAGAAGCAUAUCCGACACCACGAAAUCAGUUAGAGAUAAGAAGAUUUUUGGGGUUAACUGGGUUUUUCCGCAAGUUCGUUCCCGGGUUUGCACACAUUGCUGAGCCGCUCACUCAGUUGACGAAGAAGAACAUCGAUUUCAAUUGGGACUCCAGCUGUGAAGAGGCGUUCCAGCAUUUAAUUAAGUUAAUUGUAGAUGCUCCGGUGCUCACAAUUUAUGACGUUUCAAAGGAACACGAGCUACACACAGAUGCCUCAAGUGUGGGUGUAGCUGCAAUUUUGCUGCAAAGAGAGGCUAACGAUUUGAAACCGAUUGCGUACUACAGCCGAGCGUGCACGCCACAAGAGAAGAACUUCCAUGCAUAUGAGCUGGAAGUGCUCGCAGUUGUCGAGGCGUGCGAACGAUUUAAAAUGUUCUUGCUAGGUAAGCAUUUUACCGUCAUUACUGAUUGUCAGGCGAUGACAACCGCGAAAUUGACAAAACCAAUGGUGCCGAGGGUGGCACGCUGGCUCCUUAAGCUGUUGGAGUAUGACUACAACAUGGUGCAUCGCUCUGGUUUGUCGAUGGGCCAUGUCGAUGCCUUGAGUCGUGCGCCAGUUGAUGGGCCGAAGCCCGUUGAAGAUGUUGGGGCUAAGGUACUAUCUCUGUCGAUGGAUGAUUGGGUAUGUACGAUGCAGAGCCAAGACGCAAAGGUGAAAGAAGUCAUCGAAAUGCUGCUGAAUGCCAACAGUGGCGUACAACAAUCUAAU